UCCAGAUGAGAUUUUCUCGUGUUCAAGCGUCACCGGGAGCUCUUCAUCCUCACGGAGCGCUCAGAAGUCUCGGGUUUCUUCCUCUUUUCAAAGCGCGCAAAAGCUCUUCCUCGCGUCGCUCCUCUUCUUUCAUCGUCGUCACCACGCGUGCUUUUUCCGCCUCAAGUAUCCGUGUUCAAGCCUCUUUGACCUUUAUAUAGUCGGCCAAAUUGGACGUGAUUCCUGUCUGCGGGUGGUGUUUGUUCGCUGAGAAGAAUGCUGCCUCGACUUGACCAACAGAGAUCAGCGCAAGCAGGACCGAAUGCGCUAUGUAACUAACUCAGCCUCGUUCCCAACCCCCACUGUCGGCCAGCAAGAAUGCUGCUUCCAUCUUGAGGACGGCAGACGCUUUGAGGGUGACGGGAGGAGUAGGGGGACGGGGCUACCUGAAUCCACCCCCUGGAUAGAUGUGAUGGAAGUGAUUGGCUGAGGGUUAGAGUCAUGUGUCAAGAGAUGUAUGUAAAUCUUGUUCAUCCAGUGGUGGGACCACGUCACUGACCUCUGAUCUGACUUCAGUUAACCUUUCAGUUACCCAGGGACACUCUUUUGAUAGGUUGAUGGAGAGCUGGUCGGAUGACAGCUGGAACUGUUGUCAUAACUGGAGGAAUACUGGCCACAGUGAUACUUUUGUGUAUCAUAGCUGUGCUCUGUUACUGUAGACUCCAGUACUACUGCUGUAAGAAGAAUGGCUCUGACAGUGGCUCCAACUCUCUGCAAAACUUUGAAUGCAACACCUGCAGUGUCUCUGGCCUGGAUGGAACCAUCGGCACCUCACUGUCCCUUUCAACCCCAGAGCCACCUGCGCCCUUCAAACCCAGAAAAGCUACAGUGGGGCGUCGUCGCUACUGCCCGAGCUGCUCACCAUAUGACUCCCCGUUUUUCCUUCGUACGGCUGAUGAGAUGCGCAAUGGAGGCGAGCGCAUCACUUACAUGCCCACACACUAUGAGAACCAGGCGCUGGCCAUGCCGCUUCCCGCCUUGCAGGGAUCCCUGCUGAGGGACGCAACACGGAGCAGAGAACCUGAAUUCUACACCAACACCCGAGCCAUCAGUACACAAGUGUGACACUGCAAAUACAAGUGCUGAAGUGAUGGACACAUUAUGGUGGAUUAAGACACGGUAAUUAUUUAGUUGAAGUUUUUUGAUGUGCAGUAUACCCAGUGUAGGUUUGUAAACUACACUGUAAUUUGACUGUUAUUUGAUUUUAUAGACUGAGGGCUAUCUGACCUAAAUUAAUGUUUACAUAUCUGCCCAAAACAAAAAAUGUAAUCUUGUAAAGAAUGACGUGUGAGGCAGUUGUCUCAUCCUACCAAUGUAAAGUUCUGGAUGUUUUUAGUGCAUGUUCAAGUUUAAAGGAGGUUCUGUCUCUAUGCAAGAUGUUUUAGAAUUCCAUUUCAAUCUCCUUUCAUCAGGUUUGAGCUCUUGUAACCUCAUAAGCAGAUUAGUACAAUAUGCGAGGUACCACUUGAUGGUUGUAGAUAUACAUGUUUAAAAAACAAAACCAAAAAAAAAUAACCCAUGGGAUCACAGAUUGUUUUAAAGCGCUCUGGUUUGCUUGGUCACUUACAAUACUGAGCUUUCAUUUUGUGUCCUGAAGUGUGCAUUUUAAAGAAGGUCCAAGUAUCUUCAUCAGUGUUCUUUUUUACUUCAACAUGAGUGGAUAAAGCAGCCACAAAGGUAGCUGAGAAACUAGAGACAACAAUGCUCUAUCAAGUAUUGUGUGCUUCUCUUGCUGGUGUGGCCUGCCGUCAGUUUUUACUGAAAUCGAUGCAAAAAGUUUUACAACAAAGAUGUGACCUAUCGUUUGUGUUUUGUUCGGAAACAUGCUGUGUUUUAUGCAUGUGUGUGUAUGUGUCUUUUGAUGGGAAGAGCUUUUUUCCCCUAUUUGCUUUUACAUGUUAAGUCAGCAAAUGAAACAUAGCUUCUUCCCAUUUUGCACUUUUGAAUAUUAAAAGACAAGUCAUCUUUUUUUGUUCUUUGCGUUAAUCCUGAUUGUAUAAUUCUUAGCAGAUAUAAUUUUCUUAGAAUUCAUUACCGUUUACAUUUCAUAAUUAACACUAACUAUUUUGCAUGCUUUUUUUCAUCCAUACACUCCCUCUCCCAAGGUUUGUGUGUGAGCGCAAAUGCAAAUAAGUGUUAACGGAACUUGUGUAACGUUGUUAUUCAAACCAACAGGAGACGUGUCAUGUGUUUAUAAAAGUACAAAAUGUCCAGAAAAACUGUUACAAAGAAUCUUAUCAUUUCAUCACUUACUGUAUUACAUAACAAACUAUUUGUAUUACAUAUUAAACUAUUUCAGCAGCUAUUAAAAACAAAAUAUUUUGAAAUGUUGAUAUAGAAAAUGACAAAUAUAUAUAAUCGGUAAUAUUUGACAGUGGUACAUUUUGACAAAUAAAGAUUUGUAAUUG